GUGAGUGUAUGUGUGUGUGUGGAGCAGUUCACUCCAUAGUGAGAGUGUCGCCAACCACUGGACUGUGAAACGAGGAGUAAAAGGACAUCCUCAGGAGGAACUCGCUCUCGAGAAAUUGAAGAUCAGUAGAUUUCCUUUUUGUUUUUAUUUUCCUCGGUACAGGUUGAAGCGGUGCAGCCGGUCCAGAAGCGAGCAGUAUGCAUUCAGACUGCAGGCUGCUAUGGGCAGAGCGGUAAUGGUGGGCAGGGGACCGACAGGGGCCGGGGUUCUCGUCCUGUCGAUUCUCAUCAUUCUCACCACGGAAAGCUGUCGAGCGCAGAAAGGUGAUGGCUGUGGCCCCAGUGUGCUUGGCCCCAGCAGUGGGACUCUGUCCUCUCUGGGUUACCCAGGGACAUACCCCAACAACACAGUGUGUGAAUGGGAGAUCAGUGUGCCCCGUGGCAACAGGAUCCACUUUCGCUUUGCUGAGCUGGACAUAGAAAACAGCGACUGCCAGGUCAACUACCUCCGCCUCUACAACGGCAUCGGACCCGAGAGGAGUGAAAUUGUGAAGUACUGCGGUUUGGGUCUGAAGGUUAAAGAGCCGAUCGAGUCCACUGGCAACCAAGUCACUGUCCAGUUCAUGAGUGGGACCCACCACACUGGACGUGGAUUCUACCUGUCCUACUCCACCACUGAACACACAGAUCUAAUCACCUGCCUGGACAAAGGAACUGAUUUCCCCCAGGCAGAGUUCAGUAAAUACUGUCCAGCAGGCUGCCUGACAUCUACUGAGGAGAUUUCUGGAACUAUACCAAAUGGAUACAGAGAGUCCUCUCCCCUGUGUGUGGCAGCCGUCCAUGCAGGUGUGGUGUCCAACGCUGUGGGAGGGAGGAUCAGCGUGGUCAGCAGCAAAGGCAUCCCUCAUUAUGAGAGCACACUGGCUAACAAUGUCACUUCCACUGGAGGAACUUUGUCAAACAGCCUCUUCACCUUCAGGACCAAUGGCUGCUAUGGGACGCUGGGAUUAGAGUCUGGUGGUGUUGCAGACACUCAGCUCUCUGCUUCAUCUGUGUGGGAGUGGAACAUCUUUGGUCAGCACAGCGAGUGGGUGCCAUCGGGGGCUCGCCUUAAAAAGGCAGGGCUGCCCUGGGCGCCUUCUCAGAGUGACCAGCAGCAGUGGCUGCAGAUCGAUCUCAAGAGGGAGAAGAGGAUCACAGGCAUCGCCACCACAGGCUCUAUCCUGAGAGAGUAUCAGUACUAUGUUUCAGCAUACCGGGUCCUGUACAGUAAUGAUGGCCAGCAGUGGUACAACUACAGGGAAACAAAUUCUACACAAGACAAGAUUUUCCAAGGCAAUAUCAACUACCUGCACGAGGUGAGGAAUAACUUCAUUCCUCCAAUCGAGGCCCGGUUUGUGAGAAUAAAUCCCACAUUAUGGCACCAGAGAAUCGCGCUCAAGUUGGAGCUGCUUGGCUGCCAAAUUCCUGCAGCGAGGCGGAGGACAGAGCCGAAUCCGAGGAUGAUACCCCCUUCUCGUCAUACUCCACCCCCUGCGGGUACAAAACGCCCGCCUCACCUUGGCCAAACUACACACACCCCAGACAUAAGAAACACCACUAUGCCUCCCCACACCAAUAAAGAUGUGGCCCUGGCAGCAGUCCUGGUUCCCGUGUUGGUCAUGGUUCUGACUGCUCUCAUCUUGACUGUGGUUUGUGCUUGGCACUGGAGGAACAGGAAAAAGAGCUCUGAAGGAACAUACGAUCUUCCUCACUGGGAUCGCACAGACUGGUGGAAGAGCAUGAAGCAGCUGCUGCCGUCCAAGAUGGUGGAGACCGAGGAUUCAGUUCGGUACAGCAGCAGUGAGGUGGGCCGGAUAACGGGGAGAGGUGCUGUACCAAGACUACAUGCUGAGCCUGCAGAAUAUGCCCAGCCGCUAGUGAGCGGUGUUACAACAUUAGGUCCACGAUCAACUUUUAAACCAGAUGAGGGGCCUGACCCAGGAUACUCAGAUCCGGACCUGUACGACGCCCCCAUCUCACCAGACGUGUACCACGCCUACGCAGAACCCCUGCCAGCUUCGGGAUCUGAAUAUGCUACACCCAUUGUGGUUGACAUGGGUUGCCACCCAUCGGGGGGCUCCUCUUUGAACCAGCCCUCCACUGUGUGUAGCUUCAUGGGCGCCGGACCCGCCUCCCUGCUCACACGAACAGACAGUGGCCAGUCAGGGAGGUUGGCGUACGAUACACCGAAGAAUGCCACUGGACAGGUCACACCUACUGAGGAUCUGACUUAUCAGGUGCCUCAGAGUUGCUCUCAGAAACCAGCAGGACAGAGCUGAAGGGGGAUGCACAUUGCCUUAAUCACUGCUCAGCGCAACCCACUGGACAAAGAUAGAGAGGGUUGUUAAAGGAUGAGGAGGUGUGAACCUGUGAGCCCUGGAGCCUGGGCUUGAGUCUUGAAUGAACACUACCUUAGCUUUAGAUUCAUCUGGAGAUGUCUGUAUUGCCUAAUUGUUUCUGCAUGGCCACAAUCUGCUUGUGUAGUGCCAUUACAGUCCUAUCACUGAAACCACAAAGAUGAAUGUGUUUGUGCCUGGUGUGAGCGUCGGAGGGAUGAAAAGGAGAAAGCUGACUACUAUUUGCUAAAAGACUUUGUCCCUGUUCUGUGAUUCUUAGUAGUUCUUGCAUUCUGUGAAACUGUGAUUUCCAUGAUUCCCUUUAUUAUUCUGUUACAUACUAAACCAGGAUCGACUGACAUGUGCUUCAUGAUAUACUUUCAUCAAAUCUAAUGGUUCUCUAUGAAUUGCAUGUUGCAUUAAGUAGUCCACAGUCAUGGUCAAACAAUUCUUCCUUUCUAGAGAAACUCUAGUUUUCAUGGUACGUUUUGUCUUACUUUUUUUUUUUUUUAAAGCAUGACUUGAAAUUGUGUAUAAUUCUAGUAAUUCCAUUAAUGCAAACCUGUUAAAACUCUCAAGUGAUUUACUGAUAUUUAUUUUUA